GCUGACACGCGUCGUAGUAGCGACCGCACUUGGAAGGUGGGGACCCGCGACCCUCCGCAGGCUCCGCAGCCAGGCCGAGCGGGCGAGCGGGCGGGGUCCACCGAGCGCGGACCUCCCGCGCACCUCCCACGCGCCUAGAGCGACAGCGGCGGACCGCGGGGCGGCGCACUUCCGGCCGCGCGUCUCUGCUCGUGCACCGCUGGGCCUCGGAGCCGGCCUGCGCCUCCCUCGCCUCCGGCGGGCCUCGGAGAGAGGGUUGAAAGAUGUCUAUGGAUGUGACCUUUCUUGGGACAGGAGCAGCAUAUCCAUCCCCAACCCGGGGUGCCUCCGCUGUGGUUCUUCGGUGUGAGGGCGAGUGCUGGCUCUUUGACUGUGGGGAGGGAACACAGACUCAGCUUAUGAAAAGCCAACUUAAAGCAGGGAGAAUUACCAAGAUCUUCAUCACACAUCUUCAUGGGGACCACUUCUUCGGCCUCCCGGGCCUUCUCUGCACUAUCAGCCUGCAGAGUGGCUCUGUGGUCACACGGCAGCCUAUUGAGAUCUACGGCCCUGUAGGGCUUCGGGACUUCAUCUGGAGAACCAUGGAGCUCUCCCACACAGAGCUGGUUUUUCCUUAUGUGGUCCAUGAGAUAGUGCCUACAGCUGAUCAGUGUCCUGUGGAAGAACUAAAAGGAUUUUCACAUGUGAACGAAGCAGACGGCCCUCCCAAAGGACAGGGACGAACUAUCUUGUUAGACACAGAAGAAAACUCCUACUGUCUGGUUGAUGACGAGCAGUUUGUUGUAAAAGCAUUUCGUCUCUUUCACAGAAUUCCAUCCUUUGGUUUUUCAAUUGUGGAAAAGAAACGUGCAGGUAAACUCAAUGCACAGAAGCUGAAAGACCUCGGUGUGCCCCCAGGUCCUGCCUAUGGGAAGCUGAAAAAUGGAAUUUCAGUUGUUUUGGAUAAUGGAGUUACAAUUUCUCCCCAAGAUGUCUUAAAAAAGCCUAUGGUUGGAAGAAAAAUCUGCAUAUUGGGUGACUGUUGCGGGGUUGUGGGUGAUGGAGGAGUGAAGCUGUGCUUUGAAGCAGACCUGUUGAUCCACGAGGCAACUCUGGAUGAUUCUCAGAUGGACAAAGCAAAAGAGCAUGGCCACAGCACACCCCAGAUGGCAGCGACAUUUGCGAAGCUGUGCCGUGCAAAGAGGCUGGUCCUGACUCACUUCAGCCAGCGGUACAAACCGAUUGCUUUGGCUAGAGAAGGAGAGACAGAUGGAAUUGCAGAGCUGAAAAGGCAAGCUGAGUCAGUGUUAGAUCUCCAAGAAGUGACGCUGGCGGAAGACUUUAUGGUGAUUGGCAUUCCCAUCAAGAAAUGAGAGCGGUGCUCUGGAAGGCAGACAUGGACGUGCUGUGGCUGGUUCCCAGACCUGCACUGCAGGCUUUUAUUGUUGGUCGUGAGUGAUUUUUUUUCUUUAUGUUUUGGAUUUUUUUCCUUAAAAUUAUUUUGUCCCUAAUAAUCCUUAAGAUGGAGCUGGAUUGCUGAGCUGACUCAGUAGUGAGAGGGAACAAUAAAUCAUUUUUAAAUGAUAAAAAAUACCCAGCAUCCUUCUUAAAGUGCAGAUGGGAUAAAGUCAUAGAUUUUUCAGGGGUAUUGCUCUCUCACCACAGAUAGAAGCCAGUACUCCACGCAGUGUUGGAGUUAGCUCUGCCCAGCUUAACUGCCAUUAUUGGCAAAGUGUCUAGGACUGGGUCCUCUUGACUACAAAAUAUUUUGUCAGUUUGUAUAGAAUUUGUCCUAACAUGGAAAUAAACGUAGAGGCCAUAUUGAUGGUAACAUGGUGGGAGUUCACUGGAAUAGUCAGAGCAGCUGGGACUAGCGUUUAGCUUAACAUUUUAUUCAACAUCCCAGUUUCUUUCAACACAUGGUCCUGGGUUGUCGCAGUGACUGAGGAAGAUGGUGGCUCCACGGUAGCUCAGUUAGUGGGGGUCAGGAAUGCUGUGUGUUAUGCACAGUUCUGCAUAACAAUUACCUUGAUAUUCUAGGCCUGUUCAGAGACACAAAACUUUACUCCCAAUGUGAAUAUACUUUGCCAAAAUUGGUGAUGUAAUGGAUUGAUUUAAUAGACAAGCUGAAUCUCCGAAUAGAUGAUAAAGGAUGAGUAUGAUCGAAUGAGAAUACCACAUCAAGUAUUAUUGGAAAAAAAUGAGUCAUCGAGUGAAGCUUGUAACUGUGGGGAGAAGUAUCCACAAAUCCCCCACCCAGGGAGAGGAUCUCCUUCCGGGCCAGCGGCCCUGGAGCUGGGCUGUGAGCUGAAUGUGCAGGAGGAUCCAUGGACGAAGUCAGGAGUCAGAGUGGACCCUGCCGCUGCAUCACUGAGCUGCCUAGGUGACUCUGGAAGACAUGAGUGCUGGACUAGCCUCGGAGAAAAAGGCCGUCUUUUUUCUAAGUGCUUAAAUUGAGGGUAUAUAUAUAGAGAUAUUUUAUAGAUUCUUAUACAUAUGUUUGCGUAUGUGCAUAGUUUAUUCAUGCAUAUUUUUACGUGAAGGCUGGUCUCCCUCCACUAUUUUCUUAAAUAAAGAUAUUUUAUUGGACAAAUAAAAACUAGGAGUUAUUAUCAAAAAAUCCUCUGUAAGAAACUCUGAGGCAUUAUUUUUGGCAGAAUAAAAAUAAUGAAAGCCAUAAAGGGGCAAGUAGCUGAGUGAUGUAGAGAAACACUGACUGUAGGGCUUCAAAAUAAAGCGCUGGCUAACAGACAAGUCUUUAACUACUCUUCUCAUGAGCAUUUUCUGUAGCAUCAAGUGGUCUCUGAAAGUGUGAGCUUAGUGAUUUUAUUUCAUUUUAGAGUUGUGUCUUGGAGCACUGAGAUUGUUUUCUGUUAGUAGAAAUAAAGCUGACAUGGGGUCUUUAUGUAUCUCCAAGUCAUUCCUUCUUUCUAGUUGAUCUCUCUGUUGGGUAUGGUGGCACAAGCCUGUUUCGUUUGCAUUUGUGAGGGUAAGGCAGGAGAAUCAAAAUCCAGGAGAGCCUGGCUUACAUAGUAAGACUUUAAUCUAAAAAAAAUUUAAAAAGAAAAGAAAGAAAGAAAAAGGACAGAAAUACAUCUGACUUAUAACAUGUAUUUUCAUAUUCAUUCAUGUUCCUAAGCCCACACAGGAGUGGCCUGUUUUAUUAGUCUAUUGAAAAUACAACUCCAUCAAUUUAAAAACCCUCUCUCAAGUCCCACCCUCUUCCUGUCUUCUCUCUCCUUUUUAAACAAGUCUCACUGUGUCCUCCUGCUUGAGAGCUGGCGUUAUUAAGUAUGAAUUUGUAAUCUGAUCAUAAUGUUUUGAAUAUUUCUUUACUAAGGUUUGUAAUUUUUAGGCUGCGAGUGUAGCUUGGUAGUUAGAACACUUGCAUAGAAUGUCUGAGGCACUGGGUUUGAUUCUGUAGUAUAAAAAGGAAAGAAGAUUUUUGCCACCUAGUGCAGAUAUCAUUAUUAUGCCUUUAAGUUAAUACAUAUAAUUAAACUCUUAUUUUAUGUAUAUUCUGAUGCCAGCUUUAAAUUUUGCUACUUUUCCCUUUAUUAGUGAAAUAUAAAUCCUUCAGUGUGUUUGUCACAGAUAGACAGGGGUGACUCUUUCAUCUUACAGAGGUGUGUGUUCAUAGUGAAGUGUACGAGAUCUGUCCUUACUGGCAGAUUUGAGGGCUGAUGAACUAAGGAAGUAAUCAGUGGGAGCAUUGCCAUCCCAUCUUUCUCUUUCUUUUUUUUUCCUUUGAGAUGGGGUCUUAUGUAGCCCAGGCUAACCUUGAACUUGCUAUGUAGCCAAGGAUGACCUUGAGCUUCUGAUGUUCCUGCUUCCACCUUGAGAAUGCAGGGGUAACAGUCAGAUGCCAUCAUACCAGGCUUGUGUGGUACUGGGGAUCAAACCCAGGACUUGGUGUCUGCAAAGCAAAUACCCUACAAACGGAGCUACAUCCCAAAGCCCAAAUACAUGGAGUUUUUGUUUAUUUUGUUCUUUUAGGGGGAUAUUAAAAGGAAGCACUGGUUGUGACUUUGAGUAUUCUCUCUUGACAGAGAAGAGCUAAGUUUAAGGAAGUGCUAUGAGUUUAUAGUGUGUGAUUUUUCUUCUCUUUCUUCAGUGUACAAAAGUGAAAAACAACCAUUUAAGGAUAUCAUGUUUUAAAAAGCAAGAAAAGUGUCUGCAAAUAUAGCUUGGGUAGAAAGUGGUUAGCCUGAAUAAGGUAUUGGGUUUGAUUCCCAGUGCCCCCACUUGACCACCUCCCUGAAGAAAAACAAGGGGGUAGGGGAGGGAAUAUAAAUGGUUAAAAGUAUAAGAAUUAUGAAAAUGUGAUAAAUACACUGUUUUGUAUAAUUAGUAUAUGCUAAUAACUUUCUAAGUAGAGAAAGCCGCCGUGGCAGAGGGGCAGGAAGUCUGGGGAGCAAAGACCACUUUUGUUGGUGACUUUUGAGUCACCGGUACGAAGGAUGUUGUGGCUGUUUGUAUGUAUAUAUCCAUUUAGUAUAGCAUUGAAUCACAGCACCCAUAGGGAUAAACCACUUCUCUGAAUAAUUAGCCGUCCCCACACGGUACUCCAGAGCUGACAGUUCAGCUCCAGUCCUUGUAAUGUUCCUGUUUGUCAUCUGUACUGUAGCUAGAGUGGUUUUUCCCCCAAAAUGUAAAGUUUUGCCAUCUCUCCCUAACGUGAAACUUCGUAGUGGUCUGGUUCACUCAUCUCUCUCUAACUUAAUCUCACUUCUCAGUGCUACUCAAGUUUGCAGCCCCAGCCAUGUGGGCCUCCUCUCCGUCCUCCACCAAGGCUUCUGGUGUUCCAGAGCCUUCCUGUGGCCUGCUUCCUUCACCUGAAAUGUCGUUGCCGACCCCAAAUCAACCUAGAGAACCUGCAGGCCACAGCUCUGCAGCCUCAUGGACUUGGCCUGCCCAGCUCCCGCUAGGUGGUGUGUGUGUUUUUCCCAGCGCCUACCCCAUCUUGCCGCGCUUGUCACUCAAAGCUUCGCUUCGCCUCUGUAUGUGAUGUUUCUCUCACACCAGCUCUGUAAGCCACACAAGGGCAGAGCUCUGUCUGCUUCUGUUCCCCUUUAUGACUGACCAACUCAGUGCCGAGAACAUCAUAGGCACCCAAUAAAUAGUGUUGACUGGA